AUGUCAUCACGAAUAGUAGUUACUGGGAUGGGAAUAGUAAGUCCCUUAGGAGUAGGAUUAUCACAUAAUUGGAAACAUUUAAUCUCUGGUAAAUCAGGUAUAAUAUCAACAACAACAUUACCAGAUUAUGAAUCAAAUGGGUGGAAUCAAAUCCCUUCAAAAGUCAUUGGUAAAGUACCGGAAGGUUCAAUAUCUGAAGGAAAAUGGAAUAUUGAAGAUCAUUUAUCAUCUAAUGAUGCAAGACGUAUGGCUCCAUUUAGUCAUUAUGCAUUAGCAUGUACCCAAGAAGCUUUAAAUAAUGCUAAAUUAUUAAAUCAAGAAACCAAUAAAUUAACCAUUAAAGAUACUACAAGAAUUGGAGUUGCCGUAGGAAGUGGAAUUGGAUCAUUUGAAGAUGCUUAUAAUAAUUCUAUUGCAUUUGAUUCAAAAGGAUAUAAGAAAGUUCAACCUUUAUUCAUACCUAAAUUAUUAAAUAAUAUGGCAGCGGGGAAUAUUUCAAUUAAAUAUGAAACUCAGGGUCCAUUACAUGCUGUUUCAACGGCUUGUGCCACUGGAUUACAAGCAAUUGGAGAUGCUUUUAAUUUUAUUAAAUUGGGUUAUUCUGAUGUAAUGAUUUGUGGAGGUUCAGAAAGUUCAAUUCAUCCUUUAGCAUUAGCUGGUUUCGCAAGAGCAAGAUCAGUAGUUACUGAUUUUAACGAUGAACCAACUAAAGCAAGUAGACCAUUUGAUAAAUCAAGAAAUGGUUUUGUAUUAAGUGAAGGAGCAGGGAUUUUAAUUCUAGAAACUUUAGAACAUGCAACCAAUCGAGGAUUAACUGAAGAUGAUAUUUAUGGAGAAGUCUUAGGGUAUGGAGUUUCUGGAGAUGCGUAUCAUAUUACAGCACCAAGAGAAGAUGGAAGUGGUGCAUAUAAUGCUAUGAAACAAGCUAUUUCAAGAAGUGGUAUUGAAUCGGAACAAAUUGAUUAUAUUAAUGCCCAUGCCACAUCUACUGUAAUUGGAGAUAGGGCCGAGAAUAAUGCAAUGAUGAGAUUAUUUAAUCCGGAACGAACCAAAGUUUCUUCUACAAAAUCUUCAAUUGGACAUUUAUUAGGAGCUGCUGGAGCUGUGGAAUCAAUUUUUACAAUUAAUGCAAUUAAAACUGGUCAAAUACCACCAACUUUGAAUUUAGAUAAUAUUGGACAACAUGAAAAUGAUGAUUCAUCUCAAUUCAAAUUUGAUUAUGUUGCUAAUAAGAGCAUUACUAAAGAUAUAACAUAUGGUUUAUGUAAUUCAUUUGGAUUCGGAGGGGUCAAUAGCAGUUUAUGUUUUGGUAAAUACACUCCUUAA